AUGUUCCCAUGUGCGGACAGACCAAUACUGCCAGCCGACGUUACGACAAUCAACUAUUCCUUGGACUGGCCACAUCUACACAACCCUAGCAAUACCACAUUUGCAGGACUGACACAGAUUGACAUCUGCCAUUGCCAAAGAACAGACCUCUCUCCGCAAAAGGACACAGAACCAGGUCACAUAUACACUCGAUUCAAGUGCGUAGAACCCGUAGUUCGCUUCAAGACAGCGAAAGAAGAUCUAUGGGUGUUGGAAGCCCCCCAUGGCCCCAUCAACAUGCUACGGCCGGCUACAGAGGAAGAAAAAGCCCAACGCAGCCAAAUCCACCCUGAUGCAGAUCCAUCUGUGUACCAAGGCCGGAAAUUUCUUUUCUUAACAGGCCCUUGCCCCCGCGGACGAUACCAGGCAUACGCUACACUAAAAUGGCUAACUCUGAAUCCCCAUGCCCGAAAACACAUUUCAUGUCUUUGUCUGCUCAUCCAACCUUACGAGGAAGACUCUUCUGCCGAGGCUACCCGAAAAGCAUACAGAGACCUCGCUGAGUAUCUUGUACGACAUGCUCCGGGAUUUGAAAAACUCUACCUCCUUGUCUGUCCAAAUGGGAUGCAAUUAUGCAGUGCGGCAUGUGAGUUCGGCAUUCUUCUUCAAAGCAGAGACGUCAAGAUCAUAGUGGUUAUCGAU